AUGCAUAAAACAUUAAAAGUGGACACAUCCAAGCAAGAAGAGCAGAGUAAUGAAAAUUAAGAGUUAUUUCUUGGUUUCAAUCUAGGCAAGGGAAAUAACGGGCUAAUUAGAAUGUGCUUAUCGCCCUCAUUAACUGUCUCGCAGAUGAGCUCUGAUUUGGUGCCUAAGAAAUCUCCUCUAGACAAGAAUAAAUUGAUAAAAAUGAGUACAGUCAAUGUAAUUUCUGAAUAAGGAACAGAUCCAUUGACAGCUAAAGCUAACCACAACAUUCAAAAAGCAAACACAUUUUUGGAUGCUUAUUCAUAUACUAGACAUCACAAGGCAAUGAGCACUAAAAAAUCUAACAAUCAUCUUUCCCAGAAUGAUUCGGACAAUAGCCAUAAAAAGCAGACACAGCUAAGUUAAUGCUCAAAAGUUUCGUCUGUGGCUUCAUCUGGAAGUAAAAGAGACUCGUUUAGGAAUAAACUUAAAGGUAAUUUAGAUUAGAUCUUGCUAAAACAAUAUUAGGCUAAGUUCUUGUUGUUCAAAAGAGCUUUAGAGAGUUAAUUGGCUAGGAAUAGCAGGAGUCCUUUUCACUAAGCUUAUGAUGAAGGUGAAUUUAUUGGAGAGGUAAUUUAUAUCCUUAACAUCGUUAUUUAGGGAUUGUCUGCUACUGUUUCAAAGUGCACUGAGAAGAAAUCUGGUGAAUUAAUGGCUGUAAAGGUAAUGAGAACGGAUGAUGAAGAGAAGUUAAUGGCUGCUUAAAAUGAAUAUACUAUUCAAAAGUAACUUAAGCACCCUACCCUCAUUAUCGUUAAGGAGCUUUUCUUUGAAAACCUUAGAAACACUAUUUAUACUGUAAUGGAAUAUGUAGACGGAAAAGAUCUGUAAAAUUACAUUACUCAGCACGGUCCAUUUAAAGAGAAGUAAGCAAAGUUUAUAGCUAAAUAACUUUUGAAAUGUGCGAAAUAUCUUCAUAAUGAGGCAGCAGUUUGCCAUAGAGAUAUCAAACCAGACAAUAUAAUUCUGAUAAAUAACAAUGAUAAAUCACUCUAGGAUUAUUUUCAGAUCAAAUUAUGUGAUUUUAAUGUCGCCAAAAAGAUAAACAAAGAUAAAAUUAUGAUGACUAAAACAGGUCUUGAAGAGUGGAGUGCUCCUGAAAUGAGAGGUGGUUCUAAAUAUGAUGAAAAAGUUGAUAUGUGGAGUAUUGGGUGUGUCAUAUUUUACAUGUUCACUGGUUAUCCUCCUUUUAACCCCAAAAGGAUAGCGAGUUUUCAUCAAAGCAUUUAGACUGGCAAAAUUCAGUAUAUCAACCAAGAAGUUGAACAAAUUAAAACAUUUAAUUCAAUACCGUUCGACCUCAUAUCUAAAUUAAUCUAGCCAGAUCCAACUUAGAGGUUAAAUGCAUCCUAGGCAUUAAAUCAUGUCUGGUUUAAGAAGCCUAAGCCAAAGAGUAAAGGUAGGAAAAAUGAUAGUCUCUCCAAGUACUCUGCUUCUAAUAUGAAAUCAGAUUUAAAGCCAAGCAUGCAGAGGUUAGAGGUUGAAUAAUUUUAUAUAGGCAACCAUGAGUCACCUCAGCCAUCAAUUAAGGGCUUAAUGCAUUAGCGAGGAAAGCCCAAGUAAAGAUAUGAGGAGGGAGAGAAGUUCUCAAUUUCCCUUAUACCUAAUAACAAUAAUUUGCAUAAUCUUACUAUCUAAAAGCUUCACAGUCAGAUGUCCAAUAAUACCAGUAACUUACUUAAUAGAAUAGAUCCAUAACAUUACAAUCCACAUGAUAUAUCUCCUAACAUCAAAGAGAGGCUAAAGCAGUUUAAAAGUUUCUAGAUUAAUAAAGAACAAGCUCAAGCAUUGAUUUCUUAAUAAGAUAAUACUGAGGCUAAUAAAAGCGAAGGUCAAAAGAUGACUAAAAUGCAAAAAACCGAGAAAGAGAGCUAAGAUUUUGAAAGCGAAGCUACUCUGAACGGAAUGCUUUUCUGUUGA